AUUGUCUAUUACACAUUGCAGUUUUACUAGUUUCAUAGAAUAGUUGUUUUGUUUAUUCCAACUUACCAACUUAUAGACUUCACAUAACAGUUUAAAAGUUGUUGUGGCAAUUCGCAUUGCUUAGUGGGUGGUGAAUGCAAGGCAUAAUAAGGUGACUAUGUUGUUGUACAAAAGCCAAGAAGCAUAGGUAAUUGGGCAAUAUUGCAAGAUGAUUCGCAACGUUAUAAAAAUCUUUGACCUUCCUGUAGUGUUAGCGAAAUCACAGCAAAUUAAAACAAUAUUCAGUGGCGUAAAUAAAAAUUUAUCCACUGAUUCGAAAUAUGAUGGAAAUAAUGAAUCAUUUAUUGGAAGGCCGCUAUAUUUGGACGCCCAAGCCACAACCCCUUUGGAUCCUCGAGUCUUAGAUGCUAUGCUUCCUUAUUUUACCUGUUAUUAUGGAAACCCACAUUCUAGAACUCAUGCUUAUGGUUGGGAAACAGAAAAAGCAGUAGAAAAGGCUAGAUCUCAAGUGGCUAAUUUAAUUGGAGCUGAUCCUAAGGAAAUAAUUUUUACAUCAGGGGCAACUGAAUGUAACAAUAUUGCUGUCAAAGGAGUUGCUAGAUUCUAUAAAUCUAAAAAGAAACACAUUGUAACUACUCAGACUGAACACAAGUGUGUAUUAGAUUCAUGUCGAGCUCUAGAGGCUGAAGGUUUUUCAGUAACAUNAGCUACACAACUACACUCAUCAACAAAAAGUAACUAA